GGCGGAAAGUAGUGGAAUCGAUUUGUGAUUUUUAGCUAUCUGGUUAGACUAUCUUCGAUUUGUAGCAGCAUAACUUGAGGUUAUUACUUCCUAUCGUAAUAUUCUCUGUGUCCUUCUUAUUGUUUGAGAACUAAUGUUUGAUUUUGCGGCAAACUGAAUUUCUGCAAUAUGAUCGAACUUGAAACGUUUUAUUUACCAUGCAUCGACGUCCUGAACUGCGUUCACCUAACGACAAAACCAAGAAUACGAAACAACUAUUCAACAUUUUUUCAGCUACGAUACCUGAAGCAAAAUUGACAUUAAAAAAAAAUCCAAAUCAUGUCUAACCCAAGCAAAACCCCGACAGUGAAGUUGUUUCGACGACCACUGCCACCAAAAGCACUACCUCCCAUUUCAGACCCUGUUGGAAGGUCGCUCAUGAAAAGCGAUGAAUACGUAUCACACACCAAACGAUCCGACAUUUCCAGUGGAGACUCAGCCUUUUACAAACACAGCAUCAGUGACGUGCCAGACAUGCAACCAUAUUCCCCCGUCCCGAGCUGGGUACAGAGUAUCGUCUCCCCUCCACCUCCUUCUGAAUCAGCUCCGACACACCAGACGUUCAACACUGGGGCCAACUUUGGUUCGCCGGUGAAUACCGUCAUGUCUCGUAUUACACGCGAUGAAAUGAAGUUCAUUUUGGACCCGCUCUACAGAGGAAGGACUGCACUGGGUACAUACGUUGAUGGAAAAGCAUUAAUCAAGCCGUUCCGUCCAAGAGGCCCCGAGUCGUUUCCUCUGCGUAAUUUGCCACCGAAUCCCGACUUGGUUCAUUAUUUUGAUACGGACGAUAUGAGAUAUUAUAUACCUCCGGCUUUUACGUUGGAGCAUUUUCUUUAUAAACUUUCCAAGAAUAACAGGAUCCCGAUGCACGUUGCUAAACAGGCUGUGUAUUCACGAGAGAACUACAAAAAAUUUACUAAGUUGUUGGCAGAGAACCUGAUGGCUGAGAGAGGGGUACAAAAUGAAGUUCACAAGGUUCACAUGGAUCCAAAAGUUCUUCCGCCCGCUGAGCCUCGGAUACCGCAGCAUCAGUUGUUGAUAGAGAUGGCGUCGAUGAUCAAGACUCACGUGCGCGAGCUGCUCAACACGGACGUGCGGUCAGUGAUCAAGCCGAUGCCGAAGUACAGUCCGUCGUACCGCGACGAGACCGCGCCGCACACCGAGAUCAUCCUGUACGAGGACGACCGCGCAGAGAGGCUCACCUUCGAAACAAAGAGCAGGCAAUCGUCUGAGCUUCCAGGAAAAGAUGCUGUGGUGCAGGCUCCCAAAACGUAUUUCCAGGGUUCAGAGAGAUCUGCUUCACCAUUCACGUGUCCCAGUGAAGAAGUGAUUAGUCCCUGUGAACUGGCUAUACUCGAUUCCUUGGCCAACGGUGGGACAGUGCUCAGUCUUAAGGCUCACUUUAUUUGCGAGCUGCCGGAUAUAACACCUCUGUUGAACACCUUGGUAUACCUGAAUAUUUCCUUCAAUGACUUUCAGAUUUUGCCACCAGAAAUAAUGCAUAUUGAACACUUGGAAGUUCUCAAGUUACGGAACAACCCGCUGAAGGAACUGCCAGACGACAUCGGUCGCUUGAAGAACUUACGUCACCUCGUCGUGUCCUUUUGUCUUCUCUCAUCCUUUCCUCCUAGUCUCUUUGAUUUGGAGAAACUGGAGUUUCUAGACUUGUCAUACAACAGAAUCGCUUCCAUCCCCAAUGCCAUCAGAAGACUUAAGAAUCUGUGGUCGCUGAAGCUCGAAGGGAACCAGCUGCCGGCCAUGUCAAGUGGCUGUACCCACCUCAGACUGCAGCAUCUCAACGUGCAGAACAACUUCAUGAAUCCACUCUUCUGGACGGAGAACACGAGAAAAAAACCUCAGAGGCUGGUUGAUAUUGCUGCUCUGACCAUAUACAACAUGAAGCUUCAUGAAGUCAUCCCGGACCAGAUACCUGAAGCUGUACACAAGAUAAUGGACAGUCGAGAUGUGUGUGAAUGCUGUCGGGGUGCCCUGUUUGGUCCGGGACUGAAGAUUAUCCGACCAGCGGCCAAGAUGUUCGGGAUCAAGUGCUUACCAUUCAUGUUCCGAGCGUGCUCACCAAGCUGUUUGAAAGUGUUUCAAAACAGCACCGAUUCCUUGUAUGACAUGUUGUAUGGGGAUUGACCUUCUGGUGAUAACAAGGAGUGGAUCUAGGGUGGGUGGGCGUGUAAUAUCAGUGUUUGAGAACAGCACCGAUUCCUUGUAUGACAUGUUGUAUGGGGACUGAUCUGCUGGUGAUAACAAGGAGUGGACCUGGGGUGGGUGAGGGGGCUGUAAUAUCAGUGUUUUUUUCUCGUUCCAACCAGUGCACCACAACUGGUCAAAGGCCAUGGUAUGUGCUUUCCUGUCUGUGGGAAAGUGCAUAUAAAAGAUCCCUUGCUACUAAUGAGGAAAAGAUGUAGCAGGUUUCCUCUAUAAGACCUAAUGUUUGACAUGCAAUAGCCGAUGAUUAAUAAAUCAAUGUGCUCUAGUGGUGUCAUUAAAGAAAACAAACUUAAUUUUUUUAGUCCUGUACUGGUCCAAUCAUAAGAGACUAUAGGUUCGGUCUUUUUCCAUCUGUCUCACAUACAUUUUUUCUUACCAGUACCUUUUUUCCACCAAUGCCUCAACAUAUUGAUUUUGUGUAUAUGUAGUUGUAGUUUUAUCACGUGGAAUUACAGAUCAAAUUUGACUUUAAAUUAAUUGCGAUUCGGGAAUGGAUAUCAAGAGUUGUAUACCUUGAACUUAGAGAAGAUAUGAAAAUUUGUUGGACCCUGUAGGCAGUGGCGUAGCGUGGGUUGCCAGUGCCCGGGGCAAGGCAAGUAUUGCACCCCCUAACUAGUGGACCGUUAGCACUGCCCGAGUCCCUUCCAUCAGUCCACUGGAAGGGUUAGGAGCUACAAGUUGGUUUGGAUAUUAGUUGGCCGAGAGCAGCUCAGCGAUUAAGACCUGGCCAGAGUUGUUAUGUCUUCCUAGGUUGCCCGUUGGACCCCAUCAGUCCACGCUACGCCACUGUCUUUAUUGUCUUGGCAGUACACUCGGAAUGCUUGUUUCCCAUUGUUCCUCAAACCAGAAUUAAAAGUAGGUCAGA